UCCGGAAUUCCUGAACAAAGCCAUGAAGCCCUUGGCACCUUCUGGGUGAGCUGGCAGUCAGCACAGACUCAAAGCCCCAGAUCUGCCACCUAACCCCAUCCAUGCAGGUGGAGUCGUGGCCAACCAUGUCUUUCAGAAGCAACAGCUCAGAUGUGACUGAGUUCAUCCUGGUAGGAUUUCCAGGCUCCCUGGGGCUCCACCUAAGCCUUCUAGGGCUGUUCCUGCUGGCUUACACGCUGACCAUCACAGAGAACCUGCUCAUCAUCACAGUGAUCCGCACCAGUCCCUCACUGCACAAACCUAUGUACCUCUUCCUCAGCAACCUGUCCUUCCUAGAGGUAUGGUACAUCUCUGUCACAGUGCCCAAGAUGCUGUUCAGCUUGGUAUCACCCAAGUUCCAGCGCAUCUCCUUCACAGGCUGCAUGGCACAACUGUACUUCUUCUUGGCGCUGGCCUGCACCGAGUGUGUGCUCUUGGGUGUCAUGGCCUAUGAUCGCUAUGUGGCCGUCUGCAACCCCCUUCGAUACUCGGUCAUCAUGAGCCCUGGUCUCUGCAGCCUACUGGCUGGUGGUUCCUGGUUCUCGGGCUUCACCAUUUCCCUGGGGAAGGUCUUCUUUAUUUCUCGCCUGGGUUACUGUGGCCCCAACAUCAUGAACCACUUCUUCUGCGAUGUGUCCCCUCUACUGAACCUCGCCUGCUCCGACAUGUCAGUUGCGGAACUGGUCGACUUCCUCCUGGCACUGCUCAUCCUGUUGGGGCCGCUGGUGUUGACUGUCUUCUCCUACACAGCCAUCCUCAGCACGGUGCUGCGCAUGCCAUCCGCUGGCGGCAGGCAGAAGGCCUUCUCCACCUGCGCCUCGCACCUGGCCGUGGUGGUCAUCUUCUACUCGGCAUCCCUCUUCAUCUAUGCCCGGCCACGCGCCAUUUACUCCUUUGACUACAACAAGCUUGUGUCGGUCGUCUACACAGUGCUCACACCCCUCAUCAACCCCAUCAUCUACUGCCUACGGAACAAGGAAGUCAAGCAGGCGCUGCACAAGGUGCUGCACAGAGCAGCCCAGGCUCUGAGAGCCUCCUCCUAGGAGGAGCCACGCCUCUCCAGACCUGAACCUGCUAACCAGUUCACCAGAACCG